AUGGAGCAGGCGGGGGGCUCCCCGUGGGCCCUGGGGCUGCUGAAGGCCUUCGACUCGGGCGAGCUGGCCAGCUGGGAGAAGAUCGGCUCCGGCGGCUUCGGGCAGGUGUACAAGGUGCGCCACGUCCACUGGAAGACGUGGCUCGCCAUCAAGUGCUCGCCCAGCCUGCAUGUGGACGAGAAAGAACGUAUGGAACUGUUGGAAGAAGCCAAGAAAAUGGAAAUGGCAAAGUUUCGCUACAUUCUCCCAGUCUAUGGCAUCUGUAAGGAGCCAGUGGGCUUGGUCAUGGAAUAUAUGGAGACGGGGUCACUGGAAAAGCUCCUGGCCUCUGAACCGCUGCCUUGGAAACUGCGCUUCCGAAUCAUCCACGAGACAGCUGUGGGCAUGAACUUUCUUCAUUGUAUGUCCCCACCCCUGCUACAUCUGGAUCUCAAGCCUGCAAACAUAUUACUUGAUGCUCAUUAUCAUGUUAAGAUUUCUGAUUUUGGAUUAGCCAAGUGCAACGGACUUUCUCAGUCUCACAAUCUCAGCAUGGAUGGACUUUGUGGCACCAUUGCAUACCUGCCUCCUGAACGCAUUAAAGAGAAGACCAGAUAUUUUGACACCAAGCAUGAUGUCUAUAGUUUUUCCAUUGUUAUCUGGGGAGUCCUCACACAGAAAAAGCCUUUUUCAGAAGAAAACAACAUUCUGCAUAUUAUGGUGAAAGUAGUUAAUGGUCACCGUCCAGAACUGCCAGCGCUCUCCAAAUCCAGUCCUCGUGCAUGCAAUCAUUUGAUCAAACUGAUGCAGAAGUGCUGGCAAGAUGACCCUAGCAAGAGACCAACAUUUCAAGAAAUCACUUCUGAGACAGAAGAUCUUUAUGAAAAACCGGAACAUGAAACUAAGGAGAUGAUAGUUGAAGAGGAUGCAAAGAAUACUCAGGUGUUGUACUCCAAGGAGAUGUCUGUGUUAUGCCAGCUAAAACAAGAGUCUGAUCCCACAUCAGUUAAGGAUUUUAGUCUCUCAGAGUUGUUGUCGCAGCUGGAUUCAGGAAUUUCACAGUCAGAAGAGCCUGAAGGGCUCAGCCGCAGUGCUUCUGAAUCCAGGCUGGCAUCCAGCGACAAGAGGCUUUCCGGAGUGUCCUCCGUGGAUUCGGCGUUUUCUUCACGAGGGUCCCUGUCACUCUCAUUUGAGAGAGAGAAUUCUGGAAGUGAUAUUGGCACAACUGAUAUCCAGAAGAGAAAGCUGACGGAGGCAAUCAUAUCUGGGGACACAGGCAAACUGAUGAAGAUCCUUCAGCCUCAGGAUGUUGAUCUUGUUUUAGAUGGGAACUCUAGCCUUCUGCAUUUGGCAGUUGAGUCAGGCCAAGAAGAAUGUGUCAAGUGGCUUCUCCUGUACAAUGCAAACCCCAAUAUGACCAACAAGAGAGGUUCUACUCCCCUCCAUGUAGCUAUAGAGAGAAAGAAUAAAAGCAUCGUGGAGCUGCUUCUGGCAAGGAAAAUUAAUGUGAAUGCGAAAGACGAGGACCAGUGGACGGCCCUUCACUUUGCUGCCCAGAAUGGGGAUGAGUUGAGCACCAGAAUGCUGCUGGAGAAGAAUUCCUUGCUGAAUGAGGUAGACUGUGAAGGGAGGGCUCCUGUCCACGUUGCCUGCCAGCAUGGCCAAGAGAACAUAGUGCGCAUCUUCCUGAGAAAAGGGGUUAACAUAGAUGUGAAAGGAAAGGAUGACUGGGUGCCUCUGCAUUAUGCUGCCUGGCAGGGUCACCUACCCAUUGUAAAACUUCUGGCCAAGCAGCCAGGAGUAAAUGUGAAUGUGCAGACAGUGGAUGGAAGAACGCCCCUGCACCUGGCAGCUCAGAGAGGGCAUUACAGAGUGGCCCGUAUACUUGUAGAGCUGCAGUCCGAUGUCAACAUCAGAAACGUGUUUCUUCACACUGCUCUCCACGUAGCUGCUGAAACUGGCCACACCAGUACUUCCAGGCUGCUUCUCAACCGAGGGGCAGAUGUUGAAGCGGCGACAGCAGAAGGGUACACAGCGCUCCACUUGGCAACUCGCAAUGGCCACUUAUCCACUGCCAAGCUCUUAAUCGAGGAAGGUGCUAAUGUCCGGGCUAGGGGCCCUUUGAACAGGACAGCUCUCCACCUUGCUGCUGAAAAUGGACACGCUGAAGUUGUACAGGAGCUGGCCAACUCAGAAAAUAUAAAUGACCCUGAUGAUGAGGGAUUGAUGGCUUUACAUCUUGCAGCAAAGGGUGGACACACACAUGCAGUUGAGGUUCUCUUAAAGCAUGGUGCCCUCACCAGUGCACAAAGCCUUGCGUUUCAGACCCCGUUGCAGCUGGCUAAGCAGUGUGGGAACAGUGCGGUUAUCAUGCUUCUCAGUGAGACCUAAGCAAACAGAUGCUGCUUGCUUAGGGUUAAUCUUUCCAGUGAGACUGUGGAAGCCUACCCUUGGGGAGGGUCCUGUUGGACUGCUACU